UUAAAGAAAAUAUUCGACUUUAUACAUUUGGAGCAUUGGAUUUGGUUGCGGCGUGAAUAAAGUUUCAAAUUAGAUUCGAAUUUGGGCUACGCCGACGGUCGGUCCGUAGAUACAAACCCAUCCCCACUCCACCGCCUUACCUGCUCCUCUGUCUCUCUCUCUCUCUCUCACACACACACAGACACACACACACGCAGACGCACGCGCACACGCACACGCACAGAGGAAUCGGAGAAUGGCAGAAGGGUCGUCGCGGAGCAACUUGAAGCGCUCUUUUAUCGAAGACGAUGAGUCUGACAAACCUCCUCCGGAGAAAAGAGUGAGGUUUCCUAAAGGCAAGAAGGUGAAGCAGGGAGAUUGUGUGACGGAUUCACUUGGUGAAGAGAUUCCUAGUUGGAAAGAUCCCCGCCUUGCUGCCAGAGAUCGUUCAAUUCGCCGGAGUAAGAUUACAGCAGAACUUCUUGAUGAUGAAAAUAAUGAUUUGUUACCGGACAUAAGAAAAGCAGAAGUCAGAUAUGAGGACAACGAGACGUUUGUUGAUGAAGGCGUCCAAAUAGAACCUUUUAAUCUGGACAAAGAGAGAGAAGAUGGGUACUUCGACGAAAAUGGAAAUUAUGUCGAAUACAUAAAUCGGAAUGUGAUCAAGGAUGCGUGGCUUGAUAGUGUGGAUGUUCAAGAAAAGUAUUCUGGGAAGAGCUCUAUUCCCACUAGUUAUGAUGAAAAGCCACAGGACCUUUCAACAGAAGAGCUUGCACGAAUUAAUAGGCGGAUUGCUGAUGUUCUUGAGCCUGGAGAAACGGUUUUGAGAGCUUUAAGGAGAUUGAAGGGUUCAACUGAUAAGAAGCAGAAGAUGUCUGCUGAAACUAAACAGCUGUUUGACCAACUAACUGAAGAUGCCAUGAAAUUGAUGGAGAAUGGAGAUUACAAUGUGUAUGAUGAAAAGCAGGAAAAUUUUGCGCGCGAAGCAGAUGGUUAUGAGAAGUUAGCUAAGACGAGGAAGCACGGUGUCUCAGAAAGUUCUGUUCCAGAGAAGUCUGAGGACAUUUUUGACAUGUUUGGAGAUGAUGAGGGAACCACUGCUGGGAACCCUGCCUCUCAUGGGAGUUCAUCAGUUUCUGUUCAGCCUUCCGAGAGUGAAGGCCUGCAGAACGAGUACGUAUAUGAUGAGUCUUCUGGCUAUUACUAUAGCAGCAGUUCGGGUUAUUAUUACGAUCCUUCUUCCGGGCUUUAUUGCUGUGCGGCAUCUGGGAAAUGGUACUUUUAUAAUGAAGAAUCGGGGACAUAUGAUGAGGUCCAGCAAGAUACCAAUGCGUCUGGCUUGAGUUGAAUUAGUUUGCAUUUUCUGGAUCGCUUGCAUACAGCCCACCUCUCACCUAGUUCUGCUGUUCUAUUGCGGUUGAAUUUGGGCCUAAGUUGCAUGUAUUGCUACCACACAUAGAAAAUAGCGCUCGAGCUUGAGAUGGGCACUCUAGAGAGUAGGCAACUUGGUAUUUCAAUCUUUGUUUGUACAAUUUGUGGGUGUUGAUAAAUUAGGCAGAGAUUUUUGUGGAGACGCUCAUAAAAGUCAGUAGAACAAAAGUCCUGUCAAUAUGGGAAGACCGCCAAAAAGUAUGGUCCUUAGUAAUUUCGGUCGCUUUAGUACUUGUUUUAGUUUUUUUUUAUGGUUCUGCUUUGCCAAAAUGUAGGUACCAUUAUGAAUCUAGUGAUGUUGGGAUGAAAACUCGAUAUGUUAAAAGA